GAUUUACGUUGUGUUGGAUUUCUGUUGAGCAAAGCAAUUGGUUACGCCAUUGUUGUUGGCUCUGCUGUUGUUAAAUUGCCCCAAUUGCAUAAAAUCUACAGCGCUAAAACAGUGACAGGCAUUAGCUUGCUUUCGUUAUUAUUGGCCUUAAUUGGAAUUACUAUUAGUAUGAGUUUCAAUAUCGCAAUGCAGUAUCCAUUUAGUACCUGGGGUGAAUCGAUGACUUUAUCAGUUCAAUAUGCAAUCAUUAUCAUCUUUUACUUUUAUUAUACUAGAAAUUUCACGUAUCUUUUAACAUUUCUGUUACUACAUGCUGCAUCGAUAAUUUACCUAACUAUGGGCUAUCUGAGUCAAGAUAAAUUAACGAUGUUAGCAGUGGUUACCAUACCAACUGCGCAAAUUAGCAAAGCUAUUCAAGUAUUUGUCAAUUUUCAUCAUGGUCAUACUGGCGUCUUGUCGAAAUUAACUAUAGGUUUGGAAUGUCUAGGCUCUAUUGGCAGAAUUUAUACAACACUAUUGGAGACAGAUAGUCUUAUUCUUCUAGCAAAUUUCUUGAUUGAUGCAGUGUGUAAUACCACUUUAUUCCUACAGAUUAUAAUUUAU